CGAUCGGCAGCGAAGACGACGACAACGAUUUUUAGUUAUUUUUCGGUUUUUCUGCGCAACGGUCGCUUUCGGCUUGGCUUUCGCCUGCGUCAUCUACACGCUCCACACAAUGGGAUGGAUUUUUGCUGUUCUCGUAGCGCUUGUCGCCCUGCUGCUAACAAAGCCUGGAUGGCGCUGGUUCUACAUAGCGGGAGCCACCGCUCCCCGCGAUCUAACAGCUCUCUGGGCCUAUAUCAAGCUUCUGAGGUACACGAAGCGCCAUGAGAGACUCAACUACACCGUGGCCGACGUCUUUGAGCGGAAUGUUCGCAUCCAUCCGGAAAAGGUGGCCGUCGUGAGCGAGACUCAGCGUUGGACCUUCCGCCAGGUUAACGAGCACGCCAACAAGGUGGCCAAUGUGCUGCAGGCCCAGGGAUACCAGAAGGGCGAUGUGGUGGCCCUGCUGCUGGAGAACCGCGCCGAGUACGUGGCCACCUGGCUGGGUCUCUCCAAGAUCGGCGUGAUCACCCCGCUGAUCAACACGAACCUGCGCGGACCUUCCCUGCUCCACAGCAUCACGGUGGCCCACUGCACGGCCCUCAUCUACGGCGAGGACUUCCUGGAGGCCGUUUCCGAUGUGGUCAAGGAUCUGCCCGCCAACAUCACGCUCUUCCAGUUCAACAACGAGAACAACAACAGCCAGACGGAGAAGAACAUCCCGCAGGCCAAGAACCUCAACUCUCUGCUGACCACCGCCAGCAGUGAGAAGCCCAACAAGACGCAGGUCAACCACCACGACAAGCUCGUCUACAUCUACACCUCUGGAACCACAGGAUUGCCCAAGGCGGCCGUCAUCUCUCACUCUCGGUAUUUGUUCAUCGCUGCUGGCAUCCACUACACCAUGGGCUUCCAGGAGGAGGACGUCUUCUACACCCCCUUGCCUCUGUACCACACUGCUGGAGGCAUCAUGUGCAUGGGCCAGUCGGUGCUCUUCGGCUCCACGGUCUCCAUUCGCAAGAAGUUCUCCGCCUCUAACUAUUUCGCUGACUGCGCCAAGUACAAUGCCACGGUCGGUCAGUAUAUCGGCGAGAUGGCCCGCUACAUUCUGGCUACGAAACCAUCGGAAUAUGACCAGAAGCACCGAGUGCGUCUAGUUUUCGGAAACGGACUGCGUCCGCAGAUUUGGCCGCAGUUUGUGGAGCGUUUCAACAUCGCCAAGGUGGGCGAGUUCUACGGCGCCACCGAAGGCAAUGCGAACAUCAUGAACCACGACAACACUGUGGGAGCCAUUGGCUUUGUGUCCCGCAUUCUGCCAAAGAUCUACCCCAUCUCGAUUAUUCGUGCAGAUCCGGAUACCGGAGAGCCCAUUAGGGACCAGAAUGGCCUGUGCCAACUGUGCGCUCCCAACGAACCGGGUGUAUUCAUUGGCAAGAUUGUCAAGGGAAAUCCUUCCCGUGAAUUCCUGGGCUACGUUGAUGAAAAGGCUUCUGCCAAGAAGAUUGUAAAGGAUGUUUUCAAGCACGGCGAUAUGGCUUUCCUGUCCGGAGAUCUUCUGGUUGCUGAUGAGAAGGGAUAUCUGUACUUCAAGGAUCGGACGGGAGACACCUUCCGCUGGAAGGGCGAGAAUGUCUCAACCAGCGAGGUGGAGGCGCAGGUCAGCAACGUGGCUGGAUACAAGGAUACCGUGGUGUAUGGCGUUACUAUCCCCCACACCGAGGGAAGGGCCGGCAUGGCCGCCAUCUACGAUCCCGAUCGCGAACUAGAUCUCGAUGCCUUCGCCACCAAAUUGGCCAAGGUGCUGCCCGCUUACGCCCGUCCCCAGAUCAUUCGGUUGCUCACCAAGGUGGACCUCACCGGCACCUUCAAGCUGCGCAAGGUGGACCUGCAGAAGGAGGGCUACGACCCCAACUCGAUUAAGGACUCGCUGUACUACCAGAACUCGAAGGGAAAGUACGAGCUGCUCACGCCGCAGAUUUACGAUAAAGUGCAGCUCAAUGAGAUUCGCUUUUAGUAGCUGAAAUACGGUUGUGUUUGAGCCUUGCCUUUUGCCCAAUAUGCUGUUAAUUAGUUUGUAAGCCAACCACGAGUCGACUUAGUCUAGAGAAGUAAUUAAAUCGGGAAUAUCGGCACUGAAGAUCAUCCAGCCUCGGAGAUUCCUCCAAAGCACAUUUCCAUGUCAGCAUUGCACUUUUGUAUAUCGUAAGCAUAUAUACACUUUAUCGUGAACGCAGUUGUAUCUGCAUUUGUGUAGAUGAUAGCCUCCUAUACGCAUUUUAAUUGUUUUUAGCCUGCUAAAGAACCUUGUUAAGUGCAAUUUCAGCUAUUGUUUAGUCAGUUUUAGUGGCAUUUACACUUCCAUUCUCGCUGCGUUUGCCUGUACAUACGAGAAGCUCUGAUGAUUUUGUAUCAAAUAAACUUUUUUCUUCACCA